AUGCUCUCCUGCCCUCUAACGAAACGAGUCAGCCUGCAAUGGGGGCUUCGACGCCGAUUGCACUCUACCAGUAGCUCUCAAGCCCCAUUGGAAUCCUUACCUGUCGCACAGUUUGAAUACUGGAGGAAAGUUCCAUCAUGGCGUGAUAUUACGGAGACUCAAUUCCUCGACUAUAAGUGGCAGAUGAAAAACUCCUUGCAAAAUGCGUCCUCACUGUUCGCAUUCCUCGAGUCUACCGUGCCUUCCACUAUUCCAUUGGCCAAUGGCCAGGCUACGACACGAGAAGAUUUCAUAGCAGAUGUCAAAGCGGGGUUGCAGCAUGCUCCCAUGGCCACCCGCCUGACGCCACACAUCCUAUCGCUCAUUGGCUGGAACGACCCCUACUCAGAUCCUAUCAGACGGCAGUUCAUUCCUCUUGCAUCUGGCUUCCAACAGGACCACCCCCGGCUUCAACUCGAUUCGCUCAGCGAGAGCCGUGACUCCCCCGUGAAAGGGCUGGUUCACCGAUACCCAGAUAAGGUGCUCUUCCUAGCGACUUCGGUGUGUCCCGUGUAUUGCCGUUUCUGCACACGAUCGUACUCGGUCGGGAUGAAGACGGAGACUGUGACAAAGAAACGGUUCCUCCCUCUUCGAAAGUACUGGGAGCCGAUGUUUGAUUACAUAGCGCAGACACCCACGGUGACGGACAUUGUGGUGUCUGGCGGGGAUACAUUCUACCUGGAACCUGCGCAGCUGCGCGAGAUUGGGCAAGAACUUCUGAAGAUCAGAAACGUGCGCCGCAUCCGUUUCGCCAGUAAGGGUCUAUCGGUGUGUCCCUCGCGGAUCUUGGAUCCUAAUGACCGAUGGUCUGACGCACUGAUUGAAAUCAGCGAGCUGGGGAGGAAGCAAGGGAAGAGCGUAGCACUGCACACGCAUUUCAACCAUCCACAAGAAAUCUCGUGGGUAACGGAACGGGCGGCGCAGACACUGUUUCAAAAUGCGGUUACUGUGAGGAAUCAGACCGUGUUACUCAAUGGGGUGAACAAUGAUGUAGACACGAUGAAACGGCUUAUUCGCCGAUUAGCCGACAAUAAUAUUCAACCGUAUUAUGUAUAUCAGGGCGAUAUGGUCCAGGGCGUCGAGGAUCUACGUACACCACUGCGCGAUAUUAUCCACAUUGAGUCCCAUGUACGAGGUACGAUUGCUGGAUUCAUGACACCUUCAUUCGUGGUAGAUCUGCCGGGAGGCGGAGGGAAACGUUUGGCUGCAACAUUCGAAAGUUACGACAAGAAUACUGGAGUAUCGAAAUUUGUUGCCCCAGGAGUCAAAGGUAAUACGGUUCAUGAGUAUCAUGACCCAUUGUGGUCGCUGCCCGGCUACACUGAGACACGGCAAAUAUAG